AACAUAACAGAGUUUAGUACAGCUAACAUUCCUUUUAUAUCAAGUCAAAAGAGCUCUGAAGAAAAGAGAAGAGUUGUUUGUUGUGGGCAUGGCUGGUGGUUCAUUUGAUUCCAUACCAUCUGUAAACAAGGCUUGGAUUUACAAUGAUUAUGGGAAAUGUAGCGAUGUGUUGAAGUUUGAGAGCAAUGUGGCUGUUCCUCAAGUCAAGGAAGACCAGGUGCUCCUCAAGGUGCUUGCUGCUGCCCUUAAUCCUAUAGAUUUCAAGAGAAUGCUUGGCCGUUUCAAAUCCAUUGAUUCUCCUCCACCUACUGUUGUAGGUUAUGAUGUUGCUGGGGUGGUGGUAAAGGUUGGAAGCCAAGUAAAGAAGUUUAAGGUUGGAGAUGAAGUAUAUGGUGAUAUCAAUGAAUUAGCUGCACAAAAACCAAAAAACUUUGGGACUUUGGCCGAGUACACUGCUGCAGACGACAAAGUUUUGGCUCUGAAACCAAAGAGUCUGAGUUUUGCCGAAGCUGCUAGCCUUCCCUUAGCUAUAGAAACUGCCUAUCAAGGCCUUCUACGGACUGAGCUUUCUCCUGGUAAAUCUGUUCUCGUGCUAGGAGGUGCUGGUGGAGUUGGAACUCUUGUUAUUCAACUAGCCAAACACGUUUUUGGUGCAUCCAAAGUGGCUGCUACAGCAAGCACUGGCAAAUUAGACUUGUUGAGGAGCUUGGGUGCUGAUUUGGCUAUUGAUUACACAAAGGAGAACUUUGAGGACCUCCCAGAGAAAUUUGAUGUGGUAUUUGAUACAGUUGGAGAAGCCGAGAGGGGUCUGAAGGCAGUGAAGGAAGGAGGGAAAGUGUUGACAAUAGUUCGUCCUGCCCCUCCAGCCAUAUCUUUUGGUGUCACUUCAAGUGGUUCUGAUUUAGAUAAACUGGAGGCUUAUUUGGAGAGUGGUAAGGUCAAGGCAGUGAUUGAUCCCAAAGGCCCAUUCCACUUUUGCAACACUCUUGAGGCUUUUGCUCAUCUUGAGACUGCUAGAGCCAUUGGGAAGGUUGUCAUUUAUCCUAUUCCAUGAGAUUUUAGGCUUUAAAAUCUAUGUUGUGUUGUUGCCUGCUUUAUCUAAAUAAAACUAACUACUUGUGUUGUACUGUUAUGUACUGUGCUAAUUUGUUAUGAUCAAUAAAGGAUUUUGGAUAAUGCAUCGAA